UCUAUUUGUUUGACAUUUGUGUUUGUAAGCCGAACUGAGGCGGUUUCCGAGUUUUACAGCAAAAUAAACAAAAAUGCUGUUCUAUUCCUUCUUCAAAUCGCUGGUGGGGAAAGAUGUAGUAGUGGAGCUGAAGAACGACCUCAGUAUAUGCGGUACAUUGCAUUCUGUUGACCAGUAUUUGAACAUAAAACUGUCGGAUAUCAGCGUGAUUGAUCCUGAGAAAUAUCCUCACAUGUUAUCAGUGAAGAACUGCUUUAUCCGUGGUUCUGUGGUACGUUACGUGCAGCUUCCAGCUGAUGAAGUCGACACCCAGUUACUCCAAGACGCAGCGCGUAAAGAGGCCACAGUUUCUACAAGAUAAAAAUCAUAACCUCUUUAGUUGAUUUUAUGGUGUUUUUGGACUACAAAGUGCGUGUGUACAUACUAAUUUAAGUAUAAACUUCUCAAUAAAGUCGAUGUGAGCUUUUGGUAA